ACUGAAUAUUUAUUUUUAUUUACAAAAUUUGACAAAUUCUUUCGAUGUUAGAUAUAAAUAAUUUUCUUCUAGUCGCCAACAAAAAACAUCGAAGAUUAUCCUAAGGGAUAAUAUCUUUCUCCGCGUGAAUUGAAUCAUACCAAAUUCCAGUCAAUUUUGUGUUUUCUCCCGUACGAUGGGCAAACAAUCUAAUAGACAAGAUUUCUGCAAAUUCAACAUACAACUGCUCUCGGACAAGAGCGUCGUCUUAGUGACAGCCACGGGAUUCGAGUCUGAAAUAUUUGUGCCUCAGCUGAAAAACAAUCGCAUCGCUUUAACAAAUGUAGUAUGCAGUCGACAGCCGAAGAACCAGAGAAGUGAAACUCGACUUAGUGUUCGUCCCAACUUGAUCCGAUCAAAUCGAAUAACAAACCGCAGACUGAUCACAGCAACUGCGGGUUUGACGCCUGCUCUGGCUAAGGCAAGUCCUUUGGGUCUGAAAUUCGAUAUCAAGCUCAUUUCGAAUGGAAACGUGGUGCUUGUGGAAUGUAACGGCUAUGAAUCUGAGAUAUUCUUGCCUCUUAUUUCUAGUCGUUCCGUUACCAUGAAACGCGUCUCCGCUCUGGAAUUAACGCGAUAUGCCUGGCAAAUAUCGUUCAAUGAGAAUACCGAAAAGGGCCGAGGCUCGGCUGCCGUACUGGCUGCUUCUCUGGCAGCUCAGGCCGUGGGUUUAACCAAGCUAUUGGUGUCUCCUUCAGAUAUUGUAAGCAGUGAAACGUCAUCGUCGCUGAUAGUGAAGGAAAAAAAGAAAAAGAACUCGAAGCUUCUGCUGAAGGCAGCCGGUGAUGCAAAGAGUAAGGAACUUGCAAAAUAUAAGUCUCCUUCUUCUGCCUACAAGUUGUGACAAAGUUCGAUCGCAUGACAUUAGAUCAUCACAUCAUAUGCUAAAUCGGCUUUCAGACUUCAAAAUAUUUAUGUACUCUCACUACAACCAGUAAUGUAAAGCAAUUGUAUUAAAGUUUCGUUAACUGAAA